AUGAUGAUGUCUCUCACACUCCCUUUCCUGUUGACCUUUCUCGCGCUCUCCCAAGCUCAAUCACUCUCCGAUGACUCUCUGCCACCGUCCUCCACCGUCUGCAUCGUUGGCGCCGGCAUCGGCGGAUCCUCCGUCGCCCAUUUCCUCCGUAAAUACUCCCCGGAGUCCGCUCCGGCCACCGAUAUCCGAGUUUUCGAACGCAACGGCGUCGUCGGGGGCCGCAUGGCCACCGUGACGGUGGCGGGCGAGAGCUUCGAGGCCGGAGCCUCCAUUCUCCAUCCGAAGAACCUGCACACAGUGGAUUACGUGAAGAUUCUGAACCUGAAGGUUAAUGAGCCUGGUGGUUCGGAUUCCCUCUCUCUCGGUAUUUGGGAUGGGAACAAGUUCGUCUUCAAAACUCUUACGCUUAGUUCCAACGUUCCCCUCAUUAAUAAGCUCCUGAAGCUCCCGUUUGUGGAUACUAUCGUAUCGUUCUUUAAUUCCGCUCGCAUUUUCCUUCGCUACGGCUUCUCGCUCUUUAAGAUGCAAAACUUCGUUGAGAAUACUGUGGAGAGAUUCUUAAAGUACUAUGAGGAACCUAGUUCGAGACCUAUUUUUGAGACUGUGGAUGAGAUGCUGCAAUGGGCUGGUCUGUAUAAUCUUACUUCAAGGACUUUGCAAGAUGAAUUGGUUGAUGCUGGGUUGUCUGACUUGUUGAUCAACGAACUUGUCACUGUCAUCACACGCAUUAAUUAUGGUCAAAGUGUCUCCAUGAGUGGGUUGGGAGGUGCAGUUUCUCUGGCAGGAUCAGGUGCGGGAUUAUGGUCCAUCCAAGGAGGCAACUGGCAAAUGGCUGCUGGAUUGAUUAAUCAGUCAGAUGUUGCAUUACACCUGCAUGAAGAAAUAAAGUCUGUCGCUGACCUUGGAGAUUUUUAUGAACUCAACUCAACUAAAGGAAACAGUUACAGAUGUGAAGUUACUGUGGUUGCUACACCAUUGGAUGAGUUAGAUAUUCAAUUUAUUCCCCCAAUUUCAAUUCCUGAGAGAAAAUUGCAGCACACGUAUACAACUUUUGUCAGGGGCCUUCUGAACCCUGAAUAUUUUGGUCUCAAGGCUGCGACAAAAAUUCCUGAUCUUGUGGGCACAAUAGAGGAUCCUAGCCUUCCAUUUUCAUGCAUUGCAGUUCUCAAGAAGCACAAUGAAAAAGAAUCCACUUACAAAUUAUUCUCUCGUCAACCAAUGGAAGACACAUUACUGGAUAGCAUCUUCAGUGUGAGGAAGGAGACCAUUCUUAUAAACUGGGCUGCAUAUCCUCAUUACCACGCCCCGGAAGUAUUUGCGCCAUUUAUAUUGGACAGGAGGCAUCUAUACUACGUUAAUGCAUUUGAAAAUGCAGCUAGCACCAUGGAGACAAGUGCCGUGGCAGCGGAAAAUAUUGCCCGACUCAUAUUGUCGAGAUAUUUUGGAAAAGUAAGUGUGAAUUCGUCCAAUUUGUCUGCAACUUCUCAAGGAGAGGGUAGUACUCAUUUAGAUUUAUGA